GAGAGAGAAAGUGCAUCCAGCUCUCAGUCAUUCAUCUCUUGGGGAGAGGAGAGGAAACUAAAGCAGGACGGCAAAAGAAACAUUUUUUAAAUCGGGAAAAAAAGGAAGAUUCUUGGUUUAAUCUCUGAUUUAAGAAGGUUCUCACUCCAACCAAAAACUGCAGUUUUCCAUUAUCAUCUUUUUUUAUUUUUACACCCAAGAAUAUUUUGCUGUUGCACAUCACUCCUACUCUGCAUGGAGAUACUUAAAUUCUUCUUCUCCUCUUGAAACUGAGGACACUAAAACUGCAGAUUUAGGAAUCAAUCGCCAAAACUCUGCCUGUUUUUGAAAGGAUCCCUGCAUCACAAGCAUCUCUUGCAACUUGAAUGUCCUUACAACUUGGACAGAGAGUGGAGCCCUUCGAUGCAGCGUGCAUAAAGGGACUGGUGGGCUUUUUCAGGAGGUGUAGGAGAAGGCGACUUCAGGAGGACGUACUGGGAUCAGAGCACUCCUGGAAGAGCUCCUGGAAGAGCUCCUGGAAGAGUGCCGGGAAGAGGCGGAGGCGGAGUGGGGCGCGUCAUGCUGAGAGAGAGCAUCCUCCCAGCCUUCUCACUCCCUACAAACACGCACCCUUAAGACAACAGAGCUACAGUAAUCUUAUAAAGUUACUGUAGGUGGAUAUCAUAGAAGUAUUUUAGCUAAAUAACCACAUUCAGUACCAUACAGUAAGAUUAAGACAUCACAAAAAUCACAAAAGUGAAUUAAGGUUUCAGAUAAUUUCAUCACUGGGUUCCAUAGACAUACUAUAAGUCAUUGAAAGGGAUAUAGGAAUAUUGUAGAGUUUAUUUUUCAGAGGACACACAGACACACAGCACACAGACACCCAGGACGCCCAAGCACGCCGCCGCAGAAUGGAUCUCGCACCAAUCAGAGGUUUAUCUGAUGUGCCGUGAGUGUUGGGAGCACCUUGCCGCAGCCCCGGCCUGCAGCCGUGGUGCCACCCAGCCUGGCGUACCACGAUGGACCCUGCUCAUUCCUUCAGGAUGGAGCUGGAUGGGCUGGACCUCCAAGAGGUUCCAGUGCUGUCGCUCGACCAGAUACGUGCCAUAAGGGCCAACAAUGACUAUGUGGAGAGGCCCGUGGCGCUGGAACCGGCAUCCCAGUCCGGAUUUUUCUAUGCCCAUGAUGACCGUUACCCUAAUGGAGUAUAUUCCCACUACCCCCAGGCUUCCUUCCACUCAGCCCUGCCUCGCAGCCAAAGUCAGCAGCAGCACGCUCACCUGUCCCACCUGAGCCGUUCCAGUACCAUAAGCUCUUCCAUGUCUCGGACCAGUGCCACUUCGGACCAGCGGCUACUGGCAGGUUUGACACCAUCUCACUCUGGCCUCGGUUCGGUGGUCCGUUCUCAGCCUAAAGGAGAACUCAAGCCUGAUGCUUCAUUGGGUAAAGGCCUGACAGAUGACGAGGCUGAGCUGGGCCUUCAUUCGUUCAUCUGCGAGCGGUGUGGUCGCUGUAAGUGCCAAGAGUGCUGCGCCCCCCGCCGCCUGCCUUCCUGUUGGGCCUGUGGACAGCGCUGUCUGUGCUCUGCUGAAAGUGCUGUGGAGUAUGGCACCUGCUUGUGCUGUGUUAAAGGCCUGUUCUACCACUGCUCCGCCCAGGAUGACGACGAUAACUGUGCUGACCGGCCGUGCUCCUGUGCUCCAGCCCACGCUUGUGCCCGCUGGGGCACCAUGGGGCUGCUGGCGCUCUGCCUGCCCUGCCUCUGCUGCUACCCCCCUGCCAGGCUGUGCCUUGCCCUGUGCCAGUGUGCCCACGACCGCACCACGCGCCCUGGCUGCAGGUGCAGCAACACCAACACUGUGUGCCGCAAGAUCUCCGCCUCCAACCCUAACCCUGGUCAUCCCUCGCUCCGCAGCAAGGCCCUGGAGAAGCCGUUAUGACAGGUCUAGAUGGGGGCCAGGUAAAUCCACUUCCCCUCAGCUGUCGCCAAAGCAACGCUGUCGCCAAUCAACUGUGCCACAGCUGACAUUGUGACAACAAUGCCAUUGUGACCCACCUACCUACAUUCGACAAGCUGACAAGCCAACCAACCAACCAACCA